AUGUCUGUUGCAACAGCGCAUAGCAGUACCGCCUUUCAGGUCCGUUCUUUGUUCCGAUCCUUACUGAGGCAAUCCUCUCAAUUCUCCAAUUACAACUUCCGUGAAUACGCCCGCCGCAAGACGCGUGACUCGUUCCGCGAGGGUCAGAAGGAGUCAGAAGAACGCCGGAUCCAGGAAUUGAUCCAAAGUGGCCUGCAGGAUUUGCGCUUGUUAAAGAGGCAAACAAUUAUCAGCCAGUUCUAUCAGCUGGAUAAGUUGGUCGUGGAGGGUCAGAAAACAGGUAAGCAGAGUGGUGAACAGGGAGAUAUUGUUCGUCAGAAAGACACGGGUUGGGAUUAA